AUGAUGGUCCCGAAUGCAUCCAAGAAGAGGCUUUUCUUUGCCUAUGGUUUGAAAAUAUUAGUGGCGUCGAAUGGUUCCGGGAUCAUGUCUGUCACUUAUGGCGGCAGGGAACACGUUGCUGCGGAUAACACGGACGAGGUGAGUGAGCACAACGCCACUGGACACAAAUCUCUCGUUUCAGAAAAUGGCGUUGCAGGCAGUGGAUUUGUUGCUGAGGGUGAUGCGGACGGAUUGACUCAACGCAAUGCCUCUGGACACGAAAACCCCAAUUACGAGAAUUCACCGCGCAGUAUUCCGGAAACGGUGUGA